UAUUUCUAAUGACCUCAAUCAACAAUCAGCCAGGGAUGCUGCUGAAAGGACAAUGCCGGCUAGUAAUUUAUAUCUGGCUUAGACAUGGUUUCACAGUUCUCAGCCCAUGACAAGAAGUCGAUCCUCUGAACUAAGGAGAAGGUAUGUUGCUAUGCAAUGUGCUCAGACAAAUAUGGGUGUGGAAGCUAUGCAGGAUGUUUCUGGGCAUGGUGUCAACAAUGUGAAACAUGAGUUUGUAAAUCGAAAUGGUUUCAGUGACCCUCCUACGCAUGCCACUGCCAAUCAGCUGGGCCCGUUCAUGUCUCCACCCAAUUCAUCCUCAUCUACUUUUAACACCCCACAAAUGAGCAGCAUAGAUAAAGUUUCUUCUGUUGUUAACAUGCUAAAGGGUACACUGGAACGCAAGAAGCUAGGUAGCCAGAUUGAGAAGGAAACAGUUGAAGAUAGUUUUAAUGCAUUUUUUCAUUCUCAAGAAGUUAUAAUCAACUCCACUUCCGAUCAAGUAAAAGGGAAUGGCAUUUACGAGAUUCCUCCAGGAAGUUUUCAGGAAAUAUCAUCUGGUCAAGUUAAGGAUCCUGGGGUUUUGCAGACAGUUCAAGGACCCGUGGAUCUUGACUUCGAAGGUUUUGUAAAUACAAUUAACCCAAUUCAGCUGGGCACAGUUUCUCGAGAACCUUCUCAAAGUGAAUCUUCUGCUGCUGCGCCAGUAGUUUCAUCUGGUUUUGAUGCAUGUGAUGGUCCCAGCAACUCAAGUCAAACUCUAAGCGUUUGUGAGAGCUCAAGGAAACGAGUUGGAAAUGGUAGGAGUUCAGAAAAUGGUUCUAGAGCCAAAGAUUUUAGAGAACGGAUAAUUGACAAUUUGAAGGACGAUCGAAAGAAGGGGGAGCUCAUCCGAUAUGGAUCCGAGACUUCGGCAGGUUCAGUGGACAAGGCGGACCCAACUAAAAAGCGGAGAGUGGAACGUUCGCGGAAAAUGGCGGAGGCAAAGGAACGGAAUAUGACUCCAGCAAUCCCGACCGAUAUGCAGUCAAUCCUUAAGCGAUGUGAAAAUCUCGAGAAGGAAGUACGAUCACUCAAGCUGAACCUGUCUUUCAUGAACAGGAAGGAUUCUGAGCAGACUAAGCAGAUAGAGGAGCUUCAGAAACAGAAUGAAGAGUUGACUGAUGAAAAAGAACGCCUCUUCGAAGAAAUUGAGAGGAUUCUAGCAGACACAGGGAAGAUGUGGUAGAAGUUACUCUCCCUUUGACUCUUGCAUACCACACACUGGUGCACCGUGUAAGCGGCAAAUCUUUUGCGAAAGCUGCAGUAAUUCUGGAAGACCCAAUCUAGUAAUCUAAGAAAACCCUACCCAAGAUGUUAAACCUAGCCUCAAUUUUCCAGUGCAGGUGUUGUGACUUGUUUGUUCAUCAUAUGUGCAUGAAAGUAACUGCAUGGUAUGCCGUAUCUGAUAAACUGUGAAAGCGAUGUAAAUUUUUAAAUUUCUAUAAGGAUGAACCAGCUGGGUGUAAAUAUAUCACGCUGGGAGGCUUUUAUCCUGAGAGAUGGUUCUAGUCUACGUGUUUAAUAGUCAACUUGCUUCUGAUGAUCGCU